AAUAAAAAAUAAAGACAACUAUAAAAAAAAUUGUGUAAAAUGUCUUUCUUUGGAAGUUUAGAUACAGAUGAAAUCAAAGGUUUAAGACUUAAAGCAUUAAAAUUAUUCUUAUUUAUAUUUGCUUUAAUACGAUCGCAUCUGGCAACUUUAUGUGCAUAUGUCAUCAUCAAGCACCUACAAAUAUACAGCUGAAAUCGGUUUUAAAUUUUUAGUAAAGUGCUCAUGGAGUGAAUAAUUACACUAAAAAUCUAUUUAAAUAAAAUAAGUGAUAUUAAUAUAACAGCGACAAGACAUACAAAAACAAUAAUUAAUACUAACAAUUGUGUGUUGUUAAAAAACACGAUUGCAAUUGGCGUGUACUUCCAAGAUUCUAAAAAGUAAAUUGCAUACAUGUCAAUUUAUGGAUCGAUAUUCGGAAUAAGCAGUGAAAGAACAAGCAGCUACCCUUAUUUUCCCUGGAUUUUUUCUCCAAAGCAGCAGUCGGGCUAGAUACUUUCGCAAUUAAGAAGAUAGUCAAUAAUUGAAUUCUAUUUGUGCAGUGUGUAAUAGCAAAAUGUCCUACCGUUUGAAAGCAACAAAAUGUCCCACAGACGAAUUGUCGGUAACAAACAAGGCCAUCGUGAAUAUUAACGAUUUUCCAGAGGAUGUUAAGUAUGCCGACAUAUCGCCUGGUCCUGGACAACAUUAUAUAUUUGCACUUUUGCAUACGAAUGAGGUGGCACGGGGUCAUGUUGGAUUUUCGCUAGUGCAACGAAAAUGGGCCACACUAUCCAUCAAUCAGGAUAUCGACGUGAGACCUUAUCGUUUUGAUGCCAAUUCCGAUGUCAUAACACUUGUCUCCUUCGAGACAGACUUUUUGCAGAAGAAAAUUACCUCCCAGGAACCCUAUGACUCUGACCAGAUGGCUAAAGAAUUUUUAAUGCAAUUUGCUGGUAUGCCACUAACUGUUGGUCAGACCUUGGUCUUUGACUUUCAGGGUAAAAAGCUGCUAGGACUUGCUGUCAAAACAUUAGAAGCUGUGGAUCCCAAAUCACUUGGCGAAGGCAAAGAAACGAGUACUAAAAAUGUACGCUUUGGCCGUAUACUGGGCAAUACAAUCGUACAAUUUGAGAAAGCUGAGAAUUCCUCGCUAAACUUGCAAGGCAAGUCAAAGGGUAAAAUUGUACGCCAAUCAAUUAUCAAUCCCGAUUGGGAUUUCGGCAAGAUGGGCAUCGGUGGUUUGGAUAAGGAGUUCAAUGCAAUAUUCCGACGUGCUUUCGCAUCCCGUGUCUUCCCACCGGAACUUGUGGAGCAGCUGGGCUGCAAACACGUUAAAGGCAUACUCUUGUAUGGCCCACCUGGUACUGGUAAAACGCUGAUGGCACGUCAAAUUGGCACUAUGUUAAAUGCGCGCGAGCCGAAAAUUGUUAAUGGACCACAAAUUUUGGACAAAUACGUAGGCGAAUCGGAGGCCAAUAUACGACGACUCUUUGCCGAGGCUGAGGAAGAGGAAAAACGGCUUGGUCCCAACAGCGGCUUGCAUAUUAUAAUUUUCGAUGAAAUAGAUGCGAUCUGCAAAGCUCGUGGCUCGGUCGCUGGCAAUAGUGGUGUACACGAUACAGUAGUCAAUCAAUUGCUUGCUAAAAUUGAUGGUGUCGAACAGUUGAACAACAUACUGGUGAUCGGCAUGACAAACAGACGUGACAUGAUUGACGAAGCUUUGAUGCGACCCGGUCGCUUGGAGGUGCAAAUGGAGAUUAGUUUGCCGAACGAAGAAGGUCGUGUGCAAAUUCUAAAUAUACAUACGAAGCGUAUGCGGGAAUUUAACAAGAUAGCCGGUGAUGUUGACUCGAAGGAAAUUGCUACAUUAACGAAGAACUUUAGUGGCGCUGAGCUGGAGGGUUUGGUGCGCGCAGCACAAUCUACCGCUAUGAAUCGGCUGAUUAAAGCCGACGCGAAGGUACAUGUCGAUCCACAAGCAAUGGAGAAGCUUAAAGUUACACGCUCUGAUUUCAUGCACGCGCUAGAGAAUGACAUUAAGCCGGCAUUCGGUACAGCACAGGAGAUAUUAGAUAACAUGCUAUCACGUGGCAUAAUCAACUGGGGACAACCUGUGGCCAGUCUACUUGAGGACGGUAUGCUAUAUGUGCAACAGGCGAAGGCGACCGAAAGCUCCGGCCUGGUGUCGGUGCUUAUUGAGGGCUCACCCAAUUCUGGCAAAACUGCAUUGGCUGCUAAAUUGGCAAAAAUGUCAGAUUUUCCAUUCGUUAAAGUAUGCUCACCCGAAGAUAUGGUCGGCUAUACCGAAUCGGCCAAAUGCUUACACAUUCGAAAAAUAUUCGAUGAUGCUUACCGUUCCACUUUAAGUUGCAUUGUUGUCGACAAUGUUGAACGUUUGUUAGACUACGGUUCAAUUGGUCCACGUUAUUCCAAUUUGACACUGCAAGCAUUGUUGGUUUUGUUAAAGAAGCAGCCGCCAAAAGGACGCAAACUGCUCAUCUUGGUUACUUCAAGCAGACGUGCGGUUUUGGAGGAAAUGGAAAUGUUGACGGCGUUCACUUCCAUCUUGCAUGUACCCAAUCUGUCUAGUCCAGAACAUGUAUUAGCCGUGCUCGAACAUGCCGAGAUAUUCAGCAAGGGCGAAUUGCAGGCUAUUGGCAAGAAGAUGUCUGGCAAAAAAAUAUUCAUUGGAAUCAAAACAUUACUCGGACUGAUUGAUAUGGCGCGACAAACGGAACCACAGCAUAGAGCCAUCAAAUUCCUCUCAAAAAUGGAAGAAGAAAAUUUCUUAGGAUUGUCUAAGGAUCAGUAACUAGUACGAAAGGAAUUCAACAUGUCGAUAGUGGAGCUUAAGGAUAUUUUCUAAAUAUAAAGACAACAUUAUGUUAAAAGUAUAAACUAACAAAAUGCAUAUAUAUAUAUACAUAUAUACAAAUUGCUUAACAUUAAAUUAAACAACUUAUUAAAAAUCAUAUAAUAUGCUAAACAGUUGAUAAUGUGUACGCAAUACAAUUAAAAAAUGGUGCAUAAAUAUUGCAAAAGUGAAGCAAUUGUUGACCAACGGUGGUGGGCGGAUAUCGAGCGAGGCAUUCAUGAGAAAAUAGAAAAUAAAGCGUUUAAACGUGUACAGCUCAGCGUAAAUAAAAUAGUAUUGAUUUGUAGGCUUUUUAACAUACAUAGAGAAAUUAAUAGUGAAAGUAUUAAAUGCUAAUAUUUGGCACAAGGGAUAGCGGUUUAUAUGUGAUUGAUUUAUUGUUGUUAAAUAAGCAAUUGCGAAAGUGAAAAAUUAACAUUAAUUUAAUAAUUAAUGCAUAAGCACAUUUAAGACUCUCGUUUUGCAACAGCUGUGCACCAAACACAGCAGCACACUUCAUUUAACUCAAAUCACAAUUUCAAAAAUCGUUAGCUUUGCAUCGUUUUAACCGUCCUACUAUCAAUUGGCGCUAGUAAACACAUGUUUCUUUCAUAUAGCGUAUUUAGUUAUGUUUGCAUAAAUAUAAAAAAAUUUAAUUACUUAUUUAUUAUCCCACAUUCCAAACUAAAAUCUUUAUAUGCGAAACGUUUUGACAUACACAUGAAAUAACUGUAUAGUGCAGUUGGAUUUUGCUCAAAACAAAGCAAAACAAAGUGAAUUAAUAACGCAUGAGUGUCAAAAUGUCUGCACAUAAGGCAAGCGCCAUACUCACAAUUUCUCGAAAUUAAUUUAUUGGCAUAAAACAAAAAAAAAAAAAAAAAAA